GCCCACCGCCGCCUGCCGUUGAAGUGAAAAACCAUCUCUCAAACUUUUAUAUCAGUAGCUUCGGCACACGGAUUUCCCUACGUCACACGAUCUCAAGAACUUCAAUCAACACAUCAACAAGAUGGGCGGUCAAUAUGCUCCCCGGCAGCUCUACUACAACGGCUCUGUCCAGAAGGCGACAUCCUCAAAGACUUUCCAAUCAAUAGAUCCUUCGACGGGAACUCCACUUGCGGAAAUCCACGUCGCAUCCAACAGAGAUGUAGACGCCGCCAUCUCUUCGGCGACGGACGCGUUCAAGACAUGGUCCACAACGCCGGCCAUCGCCCGCGCGCGCAUCCUCCUAAAAGCCGUCCAGAUCCUCCGCAAUCGCAAUGACGAGAUAGCAAAGGUCGAGACACAGGACACCGGCAAGCCGUUCUCCGAAACGAGCACGGUCGAUGUGAUGACUGGCGCAGAUGUAGCCGAAUACUUCGCCAAUCUUGUCGGGGGAGGCGGACUAAACGGGGAGACAGCCCAACUGCGCGAAGACGCAUGGGUAUACAGCAAGAAAGAGCCACUCGGCGUCUGUGCAGGCAUCGGAGCCUGGAACUACCCCAUUCAGAUCGCGUUAUGGAAAUCUGCGCCGUGCCUCGCUGCGGGCAACACAAUGAUCUACAAACCCAGCGAGUUCACUCCCAUGCACGGGCAGAUUCUCGCCGAAGUAUACACCGAAGCCGGCGUCCCAGCGGGCGUCUUCAACAUUGUCAACGGCGCGGGCGACGUGGGCGGCUAUCUCACAUCCCACCCAGGCAUCGCCAAAGUCUCCUUCACCGGCCAGGUCUCGACCGGCAAAAAGGUCGCCGGUGCGGCUGCUGGGAAUAUGAAAUACAUCACGAUGGAGCUCGGCGGAAAGAGUCCACUCAUCGUCCUGCCGGACAGCGACCUAGAAAACGCCGUUGACGGCGCCAUGAUGGCCAACUUUUUCAGCACGGGUCAGGUAUGCACCAACGGCACGCGGGUUUUCGUGCACGAGAGCAUGAAGAGCGCUUUUGAGAAGCGCCUCGUCGAGAAGAUGCAGUAUAUCCGCGCAGGCGAUCUCUGGGAUAUGAACACAAACUAUGGGCCUCUCGUAUCAGGCGUACACCGCGAGAAGGUGUUGGGCUACAUCAAACACGGCAUCGAGGUCGACAGGGCGACGCUGCUUUAUGGAGGACUUGGGCAGCCGUCAGUGCCACAAGGCUUGGAGAAGGGCUUCUGGGUCAAGCCGACAGUCUUUACGGAUUGCACCGACUCGAUGAAAAUUAUCAAGGAGGAAAUCUUCGGGCCGGUGCUGUGUAUCCUGACAUUCUCUACCGUGGACGAGGUCAUCCGGCGAGCCAACGACACCCCGUUGGGUCUCGCAGCAGGCGUCUUCACCAAAGAUCUAAACCUGGCGCACAAGGUGAUCGGCAAGCUAGAGGCAGGCAUCACAUGGGUCAAUACAUGGGGAGAGAGCCCGGCAGAGAUGAGCGUGGGUGGAUGGAAGCAGAGCGGUAUGGGUGUAGAGAAUGGCCGACGAGGAAUCGAGGCGUGGGUGAGGAACAAGAGCACUUUGGUAGAUAUGAGUGGUGCCAGUGUGACAGUUUACUCCAAGUUAUAGCGG